GGGAAAUAUAUAAAGGAGAAGCUCAGCUCAGCUCUCAACCAAGGCCCUUCCUGGCAAGAUGAAUCCCACCAGCUUCUUCCUCCUUACAUUGCUCCUGGUUCUGGUGACAGAAGCAUCUGCAAGGAGACCCCGUGAAAAGUUCUCACAAGGGUCUGAAGAACAUUCUAGUGAAAUCUCUGAAGUCGGCGGGAGCAGUAGGGGAUCAAGUUCUGCCAAUGAGGAAUACAGCCGGAGUGAGAGCUCGUGGAGUUCCUUCAAAUCAAAAUAUCCCAAAAGUGGCUUCAGUGAGGAAGGCUCGUGGAGUUCCUUUAAAUCAAAAAAUCCCAAAAGUGGCUUCAGUGAGGAAGGCUCGUGGAGUUCCUUUAAAUCAAAAAAUCCCAAACGUGGCUUCAGUGAGGAUGGCCAUCUUGAUUACAAGACUAGAGGAUCUCGAGGAGAAGAAGGAAUGAGCUCUUUUAAAAGCAGAAUGAAAACUCGGAUUGCUGGGAAAUAAGGUGUUGACUGGCCAGCUGAAGAUCUGGACCAAUAUAAAGGUGUCACUGAACCGAGAGAAGUCUGUAUUAUCUUCAGGAUUCAGACUCCCGCCCUGGGUUUCACUUCCUUCUCACGCUUGUUUUUCCUUAAGAUUCCUAACCCUGAAAAUAUUCAAAUUUAAUCUUUU